GGUCUCCACCAGGACAGCAACAUGCCUUUGUGUUUUAAAACUUAUGGCACCAAGACACUCAGUGUGUAUGGAGGUUCCAGGGGCCAAGGAACCCGCAUUUCAUCUUCCAGGCCUGAGUUAAUUGAUGGCUCUUCUUGGCAAUGCAACCCUGAUGAUGGCCUCACUUUUGACAUUUCAGCCAAUGAAAAAGUCAUCAUGCAGAAUCUCAAUGUUCGUCUGGCUUCCUUUAUACAGAAGGUGCAUUCUCUGGAGAGUAACAAGGCUGAACUGGAGAGGAAGAUUAAGGAGUGGUGUGCAAGCCACACUGUGGCAUUCCAUGAGUACUCAGGAUUCUUGGCUACCAUUAAAAGCUUGCAAGAUCAGAUUCAGCACAUCUCUAUGUCCAAUAGUGAGACUGAAAUAAAUAUUCAAAAUGCCAGUCUAGUUGCUGGUGAUUACAGAAACAAGUAUGGGUUAGAACUCGUCAUCCGUACAUCGGUGCAGAUGGACACUGCCAAGCUCAGGAAGGUCAUGGAUGAGAUUACCCUAACCUGCUCAACUUUGAAGAUAGAGUAUGAAAACCUGAGGGAGGAGCAAAUCAUUCUUGAGAAGGACCAUAAAGAGGAGAAAGCUCAGAUACAGGCAAAGGCUAGAGACCAGGUGAAAGUUUCUGUGGAUGUAGCACCCUCUACAGACCUGAACCAGAUUUUGACAAAGAUUCGAGAACAGUAUGAGGCUGUAGUUGCCAAGAAGCAUAGAGACCAGGAGAGAUGGUACCAAAGCAAGAUUUCUACUGUGGAAAAGAAGUUUAUGGAGCAGACUGAGGAUUUUGAGUACAGCACUACAGAGCUCAGACAGUUGAAGAGCUACUUUCAUAGAAUGGAGACUGAACUUAAGACCCAAAUCAAAACGAUGAUGUCCCUUGAAGCCAGUCUACAAGCCUCUGAGACCUGCUAUGCAACACAGCUAGCAGAGCUCCAAAAAAUCAUCACUGUCCUGGAGCUCAAGCUCAAGCAGAUUCAUGCUAAUAUAACUCACAACAAAGAAAACUAUGACAGCUUGUUGGAGGUGAAGACCAACCUGGAGGCUGAGAUCCAACAGUAUAGGUUACUGGUGGAAGGAAAGGACAGUGACCCCCAAGUUGCUCGCAAGAAGAUCGCAGUGGUAAAAGUAAUGGAAAGCAGACAGACAGUAACUACACAUUAAUGACUGAUUUGCGAGGAUACCUUAAUGAAGCCAAUUCUUUCAAGCUAACCCAAUAAGAUCUGUAUGCAGAGGUCAGAGCACAGAAGGAAUGCAUGUAUGAAAAUGAGAGUGGUUCUUGACCAUCAUACAGAUUGUUAUCCAACUAGCUAACGUGAUACAACCUGAAGAUUUCUGAUAGGAUUCAUUCAUAUAUGCCAUAUUCAUAAAUGUCAUAACCAUCACUGCCAAUCCUAUCCACAUAUGAGCUAAGCUGAGAGGAAUUCUGAGAGGACUUUUAAGACAUAUUCGUAUGUGAAUCUUAACGCAAGCUAAGUUGACAGGAUUUCUAGAUGUUUGUAUAAUGGUCAUAAAUAUUCAGAAUCUUCACUAGCUAGAUGGGAAACAUUGAACAUGAUGGGAAACAUCAUGUCUGAGUCUAUAAAGGGCCCGAAGAAAUACCCAUCUGUACUACUUAAAGACACAGUAUGAGAAAAAGGCAUACACAGUGCAGUCUGUAAGUAUUUAUAUAGUGACAACAAUGCUGGUAUUUUGCACCUGCGUACCAAGUAUAUUGUUUUUAUGACUACAUUGGUUGAACUAUAGAUACAAAGUCCACAAUUUUAAAUACAUUCAGAAUUCAAAGCACUUAAAAAUGAAUCCUUUUAUUCCAUCUUCAUUAUAUUAUUACUUUACAUCAGGUCCAUUUCUGCACAUCAUUUUUUUCUGUCACUA